AAAAAAAAAAAAAAAAAAAAAAAAAAAUGGAAGAAGCAAACGAGAUUCCAAAAUGGGAAGGCAAAGCCACCGCAAAGCUCCUCCGCCCCACCGCAAGCGAGGUGUGGCCGCUCCUAGAGGAUUUCUGCACCCUCCACAAGUGGCUCCCCACAAUCGACACGUGCUUCAAAGUCGUUGACGAAGACGGCCUCGUCCGCCACUGCGCCUCGGAGGCGCAGUGGUGCCGCGAGCGCCUCACGGGCAUGGACCCGGCCGAGAUGUGGCUCAGCUACGAGGUCGUUGAUAGCAACAUGGGGCUCAACAACUACAAGUCAACGAUGAAAGUCGUCCCAAUCGACGGCGGGGAUGGUCUCGGCUGCCAGAUCGAAUGGUCGUUCGAGACCGACCCGGUCCAAGGCUUGAGCUGCGAGGAUUUGGCUAAGUAUGUUGGGAUAGGGCUGCAAGGCAUGGCUCUCAAUUUGGAGAGAGCUUUGGAAUCUGCUUUUUAAUUGAUUUUGUGCAUUUUUAAUGAAUAAGUUAUUCCUUUCAAAUAAUUAAGAUAGAAAUGUUUUAAAUUUGAUUGUGAUUAUAAAAUAUCUCAGUUGAAUUUUUGGUA